GCCUAAAAAAGUUGAUCACGAGCGGACACUGGGCCAGCUUCAUUCCACUAGCAUUCACCAUAUUCCGUACACCCUUUUCUCUCAAUCUAUCUCUCUCAUUCACACGCAAAACACGCACUUACUCUCACACUCAUCUCAUCUUCUAUUUACAGUUGCAACAGCCUUUUUACAGUCGCUUUUGUGCUCUAUUUUUCACCAUUUCUUGUUCUCAAAAUUGUGUGUAAUCCCUUUUCACAUGGCUAGAUGUUUGGUUCUGGUGCUUGUGCUCAUUUUAGCCAUGGCUGCUCAUUCGAGUGCCAUUUGGUGCAUUUGCAAGGAGGGAUUGAGUAAUCAAGCCUUGCAAAAGACACUGGACUAUGCAUGUGGUGCAGGGGCUGAUUGCAAUCCCACUCAUCAAAAUGGACCUUGUUUCAACCCCAACACUGUGAGGGCUCACUGCAAUUAUGCCGUGAACAGUUAUUUCCAAAGGAAAGGCCAAACCCCAACAGCCUGUGAUUUUUCAGGCACUGCCUACACAGUCACAUCUGAUCCCAGCACGACUGGAUGUUCUUACCCUGCAAGUGCGAGCGGCACAGCCACGCCAGUAUCGACCACCACGACACCUUCCACCAGCCUUCCCAGUGGUGGUUCGCCGGUCGUCACAACUCCUUCCACAGGCAUACUAGGUGGUGGUAGCAGUGGCCUAGGCCCUUCUAGCAUCAACAAUGACAUUAGUGAUGCCGAGAUUUUACUAAGAAAAAGCAGCCUCCCCUCCAUUAUCGCCCUGUUUUUGGGACUCGUUUUCUUGUGUGGUUAAAGAAGAAAGAUGAAUGACUCUUAAUGGGAAGUGUUGGCUAUUCCAGAUCCAUAUCAGAAAGUGAUGAUGUGCAGAAAUGAACAUGCAUGUGAAUCUAUAUUUUAAGACAACCUUAAUUUUGUUCUUUCGUGUAUUUACGGGCUUCAAAUUUCCUUCAGUGUGUAGUUGCUGUUUGCUAGUCCACAUAUGCUUUAUGAUAACUGGAUGUCUGUUAAUUAAUACUUUGGGUUUUUCAUUAA